UUCAUCGCGUACAGCUCGGUCUUCGAUGACGUGGUGGAUGUCUUAGCAGAGUGGGGGUCUCUCUACGUGCUGACUAGAGAUGGGAAGAUCCAUGCGCUUCAGGAGAAGGAUACUCAGACCAAACUUGAGAUGCUGUUCAAAAAGAACCUGUUUGAAAUGGCUAUUAACCUGGCCAAGAGUCACCACUUGGACAGCGAUGGCUUAGCAGAGAUUUUCAGGCAAUAUGGAGAUCAUCUAUACAACAAAGGGAACCAUGAUGGAGCCAUUCAGCAGUAUAUACGAACCAUUGGGAAGCUAGAGCCAUCUUAUGUGAUCCGGAAGUUCUUAGAUGCUCAGCGUAUACACAACCUGACUGCGUACUUGCAGACACUCCACCUACAGUCCCUUGCCAACGCAGACCACACCACCCUGCUGCUAAACUGCUACACCAAACUCAAAGACAGCUCCAAACUGGAGGAGUUCAUCAAGACCAGUGAGAGUGAGGUCCACUUUGAUGUGGAGACAGCAAUCAAGGUACUCCGUCAAGCAGGUUACUUUUCCCAUGCUGUGUACCUGGCAGAGAAGCAUGCACACCAUGAAUGGUUCCUCAAAAUCCAGCUGGAGGACAUCAAGAAUUACCAGGAGGCCUUGCAGUACAUUGGCAAGCUGCCCUUUGACCAGGCAGAAAGUAACAUGAAGCGGUAUGGCAAAAUCCUGAUGCACCAUGUCCCCAAUGAGACCACGGAACUGCUGAAGAUCCUAUGCACGGACUACCGGCCAACAGGAGAUCGUGAAGGCUCUGGGAUGCUGGAGGGGAAAAAGGCUAAUUCUGAGGAGUUCAUUCCAGUCUUUGCAAACAACUCCCGGGAGCUGAAGGCUUUUCUGGAGCACAUGACAGAGGUGCAGUCUGACUCUCCCCAGGGCGUCUAUGACACGCUGCUGGAACUUCGACUCCAGAACUGGGCACAUGAACAGGAUCUGCAGGUCAAAGAGAAGCUGCACAGUGAAGCCAUCACCCUGCUGAAGAGUGGAAGGUUCAGAACAGUCUUCCAUAAGGCUUUGGUCCUAUGUCAGAUGCACAAUUUCAAGGAUGGUGUCCUCUACCUUUAUGAACAGGGCAAACUGUGAGUGCAGCUUCCCUUCCAGGGACUGAGCCUUAUUGAUUUAGGGACUGGACCACAACCCUUUAUGUACUACAAGAGGAAGGUAAGGGUGAGGGUCCUCUGAAAGUCUCAAAGCAGGGAUCUAGGUCAGUUGCCAAGCUGAAAAAUUAACCUGUGUCUCUGCUGCUAUUUUUGCAGAGUGGUGGUGUAAUGUAAUGUAGGAGGGUCUGGCUGAACUGGGUCUUUGCAGUAGUGUUGGGGAAUUAUGUGGCCGGGUGACAGGCUGGGGUCCCUGCAGCAGUGAGUAGGGGAGAGGUGGGCUGACCAACUGACCUGCCGCCCCCCCCUCCACUCCCCCGGCUCCCCUUU